AUGUUCGCCCCUCGUCUUCUCCCCCGACUCGCCACAUCCUCUGUGAGGAGUCCCCUCGCUUCCACCUCGUCGUCCCUUCUUGCCUCUCGCAGAGGCUUCGCCUCUUCCCGCACUGCCCUCGCAUCCAGCCUCCUCUACCUUGAGCACCGCGAGGGAGAGCUGAAUGCAGCCUCUCUCGUAGCCCUAACAGCAGCAAAGAAGAUCGGUGGAGACAUUCAUGCCAUCGUAGCUGGAGAUGAAGGAGUCAAGGAGGUGGCAGACAAGGCCUCCAAGUGUGAAGGGCUCUCCAAGGUCUUCACAACAUCGUCGCCCAGCUACAGAGGCCUCCUAUCUGAGCCUCUCGCGCCCGUGAUCAAGGCUCUGGCGGAGAAGGGCUCUUACACCCACAUCUUUGCCGGCCACACCGCUGCCGGCCGAGACAUCUUCCCUCGCCUGGCCGCACUGCUGGAUAGCUCGCAAGUCUCCGACAUCAUUGCCGUUGAGAGUGAGGACACUUUCCAAAGGCCAAUCUACGCCGGUAAUGCCAUUGCGACUGUCAAGAGCAACGACAAGAUCAAAGUGAUCACAGUGCGAGGGACCGCCUUCGACAAGGCUUCGGAGGAGGGUGGCAGCGCUUCAGUGGAGGAAGUCGGCUCAGACGCAGCAGAGACCCCUACCAAGUUCAUCGAGGACAAGCUGAGCAAGUCCGACCGACCCGACUUGGCUACAGCAUCCCGAGUCGUCUCGGGUGGCCGAGCUAUCAAGUCUGCUGAGAACUUUGUCAAGUACAUUGAGCCCCUCGCCGAUUCGAUGAAGGCCGCCGUGGGUGCCUCUCGAGCUGCUGUCGACGCUGGUUACGCGGACAAUGCCCUUCAGGUUGGUCAGACUGGAAAGAUCAUUGCCCCCGAGCUGUACGUCGCUGUAGGAAUCAGUGGUGCCAUCCAGCAUUUGGCAGGUAUGAAGGACAGCAAAACCAUUGUCGCCAUCAACAAGGAUGCCGAUGCUCCUAUCUUCCAAGUCGCUGACGUCGGACUGGUCGCAGACCUGUACGAGGCCGUGCCAGAGCUCAUUGAGAAGCUGAAGUAGGGCGACAAUGCUGUGAAGGACUACGAAGACGUAGUCGUGAACCGUAGAGCGGAAUUCGUGUAUCUGGUAUCAUCUUGGUUGAGGCCCAACACAUCUACAAUCGAGCCCUUCCGCAUUGAAUACUUACUGUGCGCGAAAGUGAAUGGAAAAAGGAUAGUACCGUUGUUCCGGCACGAUGCGAUUCGAUGCAAUCCGGCCACUCCAAAUAGUAGCGGCC